AUGCCGGCGACUACCGCCGCCGCCGCGGCCGCUACCGGCGGCGACGGCGGCGACGGUAGAGGGCUGCUGAUGAGGGCGGGUGAAGCCGUUGUUCGAGCCGCAGCGACGAUGGCUUCGGCGGGGCUUCACGUUCGAGGCCCGGAGUUUGCCGCCCUGCAGGCGGCCGCCUUGAGCGCUGUCGGAGGGCUUCUGCCUGGCCUAGCGGCAGGAAGCGACGGGGACAACAACGCCACGGCUAUAGCGGAGGCCGUCGUUGCCCUGGUGCGGAGCUGCUGGGAGAGCGCCGCCAGCGAGGGGGGCGGGGACGGCAGGGAGGUCGUCCCUGUGUCGGCGGGAAGACUGCUGCUCUCGUUGAACACCGUGCUGCCCCCGUCGUCGCUGGAAGCGAGCCAGGCCGUCGCCGCUUUGCUCAAGCAAUCCAGCCAGGUGGCGGCUACUCUGCCGGUGGCCGCGCGCGUGCUGCUGUACUCCAGCCUGUCGGCCUUCCUCAUGCCUCCCCGGCUCCUCCACGGCGACAUGGGAAAGGUGAACGACCUCGAGGGGAGGUCCCGAGCGUACUCGGAGCUGGUGACGCCGGUCCUAGGACCGUUCUCGGCCGCCCUUGCAGGUUGGCAGGGCUGGACGGGACCGCCCCCUUGGCCCGGGUUUUCCGACGAAGGCGUUUCGAGAGAGCUGUCGUGCAGCUGCCGCGUCCUCUCCCGCCUGUGCAGGACCUUCGUGUCCACGCCAGCUAAAGUAAGCACAUGCUAUGCCCACCAACCUACUGCCGGGGGGGAGUAG